CCUGUCGAGACAGUCACGUGGCCGUUUGUACGCACGCGCGCGAAGAUGGUGAGGAUGUUUCAACGGUGGGGUCUCGCUCAUGAUUUGGGAAUUGGGAACUGGGAACACUGACCGCGUGGUCCGCGUGUGCGCCACUGCGUGUAUGGUACGUAUGUCGGCGUGCAACGUGCGGCUCGCAUACGACGCAGUAGGCCGUGGAUGAUCAUCUGCACGCUGUCGACGAGCGGUUGCAGGUCCAAGUCAACGGAGUCGACGGAACAUGGCAGCUAAGGUGCAACAUCCGUUCGAGCCACCGAGCUCGGCGAGUUCCGAAAGCGACGAAGGCGACGUAUGUCUGGACGAUCGUGAGAUUUUCCUCGCCGAUGAGUUAUGUGAGGAUGCCGAGCACUACAGGCGUUCUGAUGUCGGCACGCCGACGCCGCAAUCCCCGAGACCGCCGUCCACAGGUUCACAAAAAUCACCGAGAUCACGAAGGCAGCGCACUACCAGCAUGUCACAAUCAAGUAAGAAGACAUCAGCAGAAUCUAUUCUCAGGAGUAAAACGCGCACCAUUUAUACAGCUGGUAGACCUCCUUGGUAUAAUUCAGCUGGUCAACAAGUGGAACCUUUUGUAAUUGGUAUCUGUGGAGGUAGCGCCUCUGGAAAAACAACAGUUGCAACUAAAAUUAUAGAAUCUCUCGAUGUACCAUGGGUGACUCUCCUUAGUAUGGAUUCCUUUUAUAAAGUAUUAAAUGAGAAGCAGCACGAGAUGGCCGCGCACAAUGAAUACAAUUUCGAUCAUCCUGAUGCAUUCGAUUUCGAGCUUCUCAAAACUACACUACAGCGUUUGAAAGAAGGACGCAUGAUAGAAGUUCCUAUUUAUAAUUUUGUUACGCAUCGUAGAGAAAGCAGAACGAAAACCAUGUAUGGCGCCAACGUCAUUAUCUUCGAGGGAAUACUUACUUUUUAUAAUGCUGACGUGUUGAAGAUGUGCGAUAUGAAAGUUUUCGUCGAUACUGAUGCGGACAUCAGACUGGCCAGACGUUUACGAAGGGACAUCUCACAAAGAGGCAGAGACCUGGAGGGUGUGUUGAAACAAUAUAGUAAACAUGUGCAACCCGCUUUUUAUUAUUAUAUAGCGCCUCUUAUGGUCCACGCGGAUAUCAUUGUGCCGCGUGGAGGAGACAACGAAGUGGCAAUUGAGCUAAUUGUACAACACAUUCACACUCAACUUCAAUUGAGAGGUUUUAAAUUGAGAGAGAAAUUAGCACACUCUUAUAUCGGUCAACCGUUACCUUCAUCUUUGUACUUACUUCCGGACACACCGCAGAUAAAGGGCCUUCACACCUUCAUCCGCAACAAGGAUACAUAUAGAGAUGAAUUUAUUUUUUAUUCUAAGCGUUUGAUCCGUCUGGUGAUUGAAUAUGCAUUGUCUCUAUUGCCUUUUGAGGACGUAACUGUUGAAACGCCGCAAGGAGUAUUAUACGGCGGCAAGCGAGGUGCAACGGAUAAAAUAUGCGGCGUGUCGAUAUUGCGUGCCGGCGAAACUAUGGAACAGGCCGUUCGGGACGUGUGCAAGGAUAUACGUAUAGGAAAAAUUCUUAUCCAAACUAAUCAGCAGACUGGCGAGCCUGAAUUGUAUUACCUUCGAUUACCAAAGGACAUCAAAGACUAUAGAGUAAUAUUGAUGGAUGCCACUGUUGCGACUGGUGCUGCUGCUAUCAUGGCGAUCCGAGUACUUUUGGACCAUGAUGUUGCUGAAGAAAACGUGCUGCUGGCGUCAUUGUUGAUGGCUGAAUCUGGCGUGCAUUCAAUCGCGUAUGCCUUUCCGCGAGUGAAAAUCGUUACUUCUGCCUUAGAUCCCGAGAUAAAUGAAAAGUUUUACGUACUGCCCGGCAUUGGUAAUUUUGGCGACAGAUACUUUGGCACUGAGCCAUCUGAUGAUUAAGGUGAUUUAUAGAUCUCUUUUUAAAGUACUUAUAUGUAUUCGCUACGUUGUGUAAAUUGUGAUACAGAUGUCAAUAAUUUACCACAUCUUUAGCAAAAA